AUGUCAUCGAAAUGCGUUAAGAGGAUAACCCUCUUCAAGGUCCCCAAGGAGGAAGACAUCGACGCCAUCCUCGCAGAAUACCAAGUCAUGCGAACCAGUGCGCAGAGAGAUGGAAAUCCAUACAUCCUCUCCAACGAGGCUACGCGGGUCCUCAACUCGUCCGAGGAGCGAAGUCAGGGCUACACCUUGGUAGCCGUCACGACCUUCAAGUCGCGAGAGGACGUCGACUAUUACGACAAAGGAUGCGCCGCGCACAAGAAGCUGAGAGAGUUCAUCGCACCCCGCCGGACGGGGUUCGCGACGAUUCACUAUGAGAGCGAGCUUGGGCCCUGA